AUGUUUGCGACGACAAGAACUCCGUGUGUGGAAACAACACCUGCGCUCACGAGGCGUCGACGACUACUCUCUACUUCGCCGUCUGCGCUAAAAGUAACGCCGUUGCUAAAAAAGCGGCAAAAACUUUUGCAAAGAAGAUUGACGACUGAGGCGUCAUCAACAACAUCAUCAUCACCAAAACGAAAAGAAGAAGAAGAAGAAGACGCAUCAUCAGACGAUGAUGAUUUCUUCACCAAGAACGACGCGCUCGCGCGGAGAUUACCCUUAUACUUCGGCUCCUCUUCUUUAACUUUGUUACUGAUAAACAGAGUGUUCUCGAACGUCGCGCCGACGUUAAACGCGGCGAGCUCUCAAUCGAGAGCGGACGUUAUAGACGUCGUUAUGAGCGCGACGUUGAUUUUAACCGGUUUGACGUUGGUGUCUAUCGCGCCGAGAAUACCAGAGACGGUGAUUAUGGAUGGGUAUGAUGUGAAUUACGUAGAUUCUAGCUUAAGUGAACGAUGUAAAGAAGAGUUGCGAUGGUCCGGGAAGACGUUGCGAGAGGCGAGUAAGUGCGCGAGCGUGACCGUCGUCGAACUCGACGACGAAAAGGAUGGAGAAAUGAGCGGCGGUAAAGUGGUAUUUUACGACGGCACGUGUUGCGCGAAAGAUCCAAACGCGUUGUUCGAAAACGAAACGCGUCAAAUUGGAUCCGUGUGCAAAGAAGUGCUGACUUCGGGCAAGCAAAACUACAUGGCCAACGCGAACUUGUUCCCCGGGAGAUUCGAGUUCAUCCAAGACGACCAAGAGAUGAUAUCGUUGAUAAAGAGUAACAAUAAUACCGCGACGACGGCAAAGACGACGAAAAAUAACAAUAAUAAAAAGAAGGGUUUCGGUUUACCUCAAAAUAGCCAAGCGAUUUGUUGCGUCGCCGUCGGCGAUGCAAGACUCCUCGUCUUAUCCGCCGAUCGACAGAGAGGUUUCACCAAAGUCGACCAAGCGUGGUUCGAACUCGUCGCCCAAAAGUUGGACAACGCUUUCUCCUCCGACGAAUAG